GGCUCCCUGUGACUGAUCCCCUCCAUUUCUGCUCCUCUGGGGCUGGCACCCGUGUGGAAGUGUCACUUGAAGGUAUUUUGGAGCAACCUGGCCAGGAGUGAACACGUUUGAGGACUGCAGUGACCCAAAUCAGCUCCCCACGGCUGUGAUGGUAUAGGCCAGCCUGGACUUUGAGCUUCACUCGGAGAAGUUUUACAAGUGGACCUCCAGCAGCUUGGAGAAGAAAAUCUUCCUCAGUGCUUGUGGAAGCUGAACCAGCACUGUCCCCUGUGUGAACAUCCCCUUGGGUGCAGUGGAAGGGAUGCAGCGGCCCCAGGAGCAUGGGCAGCAGGCCGAGCUGCAGGAGGGGCUGAGCGCAUUCCAGGAGGUGACCCCAGAGGAGGCCGCGGCCGUGCUGGCGCUGCUGGAGGAGCACGAGCCCCUGCUGAGCCACUCCGUGGCCUUUGCAGAGCACCUGGGCCAGGAGCUGCAGGGGCUGGAGGAGGCCAACCUCCGGGCCAUCAUCUCCUCGGAGCAGCAGUUGGCCCAGCUGAUGAGCGCCCUUGACGAGGCCCUGGCCGAGGUGGGCAGGGUGGAGGAGACCCUGCGGGUCUGUGAUGAGCUGCUGGAGGGUGUGAGGCAGCAGAUGGAGCACAUCCACCGGGAGAGCUCCCUGCUGCACCACCUCGCUUCCAACAGGACGAGGCUGAUGGAUGAGAUCCUGUUCCUCACGAGCCAGCUGCAGCUGAGCCAGGAGCACCGCACUGCCCUGAGCCGGGCGGAUCUGUCCAGCCCCGCAGCCAUCGGAGCCUGCACGGCUGCAGCACAGGCUCUGUCCUCCUGCAUGGACCUUCCCAUCCAUCCCAGUUACCGGAAGCUGCAGGCAGUGGCUGAGCAGCUGAUCCUGUUUGAAACCCUCAAGCAGAACUUUGAGAGUGCCUUCAUCCACCACAUCACCAACAUCUUCAAGCUGCAGGGCAAUUACCAGGCCCCUGUUCUUGGUCAUCCCAUGGCUGUCCCAAGCCAUGGACCCCACCACGAGGAGCUGCUGCCCUACACCCCCCUGAUGGCCUGGCUGAGGAACACCAGCCCUGCUCUGUUCUGGGACCUCCUCAAGGUCUAUUCCCAGAACCUUGGCAGACUCUACGAGCGGGAAAUCAAAGCUCUUUUUGAACAGGCCAAGAUCUCCCUGUCAGGAAGAAGAAAAGGAAGUCUGCAGGAAACUUGGGAGAAGCCAACAGGGACCAGGCAGCCUCGGUGGAGCUUCCCCAGGAGCAGGGAAAGCCAGGAGGACACCCAGACCAGGGGGAACAUCGGCAGGGUGUUGGAGCAGGUGCUGAGCGAGCUGCAGCCCCUUUGCACCUCAGAGCAGCAAUUCCUGCAGGAAUUCUUCUGGCUGGGCUGCGACUCUGUGGAGCUGCAGGCGCUGGAGGGAUCUGCCACUAAGGGAGGAGAGCCCAUGGCACCUCCCGAGGACCCUCCUCACACCAAGACCCAGAGCCAGCCAGAAGAAGCCACAACCCAACUGCUGAGUGAGAUCUUCAGCUGCCUGGAGCCGGAGCUGAGGGCAUUUCUGGAUGUCUGCAACACGGUUCACCCGCUGGGCUGCCUGCAGGUCCUGGUGACCUUGAGUGACUCCGUGUUUGGGACCUGGGGCCCUUCCUCAGCUCCCCCCUUGUCCUUCCUCGACUCCCUCCUGGGGAAUGUGCUGCUCCUGGCCAAGAGCAACUUCAACAAAUGCAUCGGGACCUUGUGCAAGGAGAUGGAGGAGGCCAGGCCUCCCAGCAGGAUGAGAGGGGGAGUCCUGCCCUGUGUCAGCCGCUUCCAGGAGUUCCUGGCCUUCUCCGAGGAGCUGCUCCGGACAUCCCGGCACCGCGGCGAGCUGGACAAGGCCCAGCUCAGGCUGGCCAGCAGCGUCUUCAGCAGCAUCAACAGCCUCUCCUCAGCAAACCUGAAGGUGAACACGGAUAUGGUGAUGAUGGAGAAUUUCCACCACAUCCACAACUUCCUGUGCCAAAGGAACAUCCCCUGCCUGGAGAGCAAGAAGAGAGAAGCCAAGCAAAGAUCCAGGGAGCACAUGGAGAAAUACAUCACCACGCACGUGGGCCAGCCCCUGGAGUGGCUCAAGCAUUUCUUUGAGGGGGUCAAAGCCCGCCUGGCUCAGGGGGUGAAGGAAGAGGAGGUCAGCUUCCAGCUGGCCUACAGCAAGCAGGAACUCCGGAAGGUCAUCGAAAAAUAUCCUGGCAAGGAAGUCAAAAGAGCCCUGGAGACCCUCUACAGGACAAUCCACAAACAUCUGUCCCCAGAGGAAAAUCUUCUGCCGGUGGUGUGGCAGGCCAUGGAGCAGGGGUUCUGCUUUUCCAGGUGGUGUGGCAGGCCAUGGAGCAGGGGUUCUGCUUUUCCAGGUGGUGUGGCAGCCCAUGGAGCAGGGGUUCUGCUUUUCCAGGUGGUAUGGCAGGCCAUGGAACAGGGAUUCAUCCGGCAGUACAGAGAGUUUGAGGAUCUCAUCCAACGCUGCUAUGCAGGAGCAGGGAUUGCCCUGGACUUCACCAUGGAGGACUUGCUGAGCUACUUCAACUCCAUCACCAUGUCCAACAUGUAGGGAAAUCCUGCUCUGGAUGUCCGGAGCAGCUCAGGAAUCCUUGUCUGCAGCCAUGUUCCUGAGGAGCUGAACACAAAACCAUUCCCAAGUUGGAUAUUUGGGUUCUUACCCUGAACUUAAUCCCAAAGUCCCUCUGACUUGUUGGUCCUGAACUAAAUCUCUCUUGGGGAAGUGGAGUUUUCAGACCCAAACCACAACUUCCCUGCUCCAGGGAAUCAUUUUGCCACCAGGAAACAACACUUUAAGUCUCAGAUUUCCCCCUAAGUGAGCGCUGGUGCUACAACUCCUCUGCAGAACAUUCACAAUGGAAAAAUGUCUUCUCUCCAGGGACUUUCUCCUUUUCUGUGCUCAAAUUUCAGUGAGCCUGUGCUAAACCAGAGGGUUAAACCACAUGGAGACACCUUGAGUGUGAGGUGUUUCCACAUCCAGGUGUCCCAACAGGCGCCUCUGCUCCACAGCUCUCCAUUGAAAGUUGUCCAGUAGAUGGAAGUCCAGAGCUGUAAAUAUUAAUUGAUUUAUUGCUUUUAGCUCAGAUUUACUCACAGCUUAACUGAAGUGGAGAAAUGUGCAGUUCUAGAGAUCCAAACCAAUCCUGCAGGGAAUUUCCUGCUUGUAACCUAUUUUUAGGAAUCUUCCUACAGCAACUCACCAAUAUAUUGUCAUUCUUUAAA